AUGAGCUCCCCCGACGAGGUGCCUGCGUGGCGCGCCGGUGUGGGCCAGGAGCGGGGGGAGCGGGCCGACCCCGGAGCCCCGUGGGGCCCCGGACUAGGCCUGGACUUGGGGGCGCCGCGGAGCGGCCAGGGCGAGGGCGGGCUCGCAGACCUCGAGGGCUCCGAGUCCGAGGGUGACUUGCUGGAGACGGGAAGGGGGGUACUUUGGGGCCGGGAAGGCCGGCCUUGCACCCCGGUCGACGGGAAGGGGGACGGCCUGGACUACGCGUCCUACUUCGCCGACGAGUCUGCGGCCAUCUUGCCGCCGCUGAGCGACCGGGGUGCCUGGGGCGUCCGCAGACCCCCGUCCCCAGAGAGUGGCGCCGCCGAGGAGUCCAGCAUUUGGGCGGCCCUGGAAGCAGGCCCCGGUGGGCGAGGCGCGCUGGCCCCUUGCUGUGUCGAAUCGCAGCCGGCUUCUGCCGCCCCUCUCCGCCGCGGUGGGACCCGGAGAAGAGGCACUAAAAGCAGGCUGGCCGUCGGCGUGGAUCCCCGGCGGCCCCCCGCCGAAGGUCUGGUUGGGCUGCCUUCCGACCCCGAGUCGUCAGAUGAGUUCAGUGAGAUGCAGCUGAUGAGGGUGAGCAUCCACCUCAAAGGAGGAGGCCAAGCCAAGCCCGUGAGCCCCGAGGAGCCUGGAGCCACACCCAGACCUUCGGGUGUCCAGCUCGCGGAAGGUUUCCUUCACAGGCCAGGCUCGCUCCUGACCUCUGCUCCCGCGGGACUCACUUCAGCCAGGGAAAGGAAGGCCGUUGGGGAGCCGGACACCCCCUCCUCGACGAGAAUGCAGAGUGCCGUCUGGGGAAAGGGAGGGAGCAGACCCAGCUGCCCAGGAGCUGCUGCAGCAGCUGUCGGGGCCCUGCCCGGGGUCCCUCCUAGGAGGAAGGGGGCCCGGGAGAAGAAAUCACCAGAGGCUGCCUCCAAGAUACCCGUGGGGAGGGCCUUUCCUCCAUGGGGGCAGAGACACUCAGCAGUUCCCCGGGAACCAGGCACCUUGCCCCCGAUCUCUGGGGUUCCACUGUUUGGGAGGUCCAAGAGACACCCCUGGCUGUCAUCGGGACCCAGACAGUCCAAGCACAGCGCCACUGGGAAGAAGGCCGGGGCGAGGAAGACAAGGGAGUCCCAGCCUGUGGCCAGAGAGGAUAAUGACCCAGACAGAGAUCCGGUCCCAAGGGCCCAACGCCCGGUACACACACCAGGGUCACCUUGCGUAUGUGGGCAUCGAGGAGAGUUCAGCAGUGGCGACCCCAACAGUAGAGGCCUUCAAGGUCCAGGAAACUCACAGCCCAUGGCCUCGAGCCAGGGAGGCGUCAUGCCAAGAAGCUCUGCACCCUCCGGUGACCAGGAGCCCCGUAUCCAUGCCCCAAGACUGGAAGGGCAGCAGCAACCACCGGGAGCACAGGGCUGUCCUCGGUGUGUCGUGUUACAGGCAGAUAUAGACGACCUCAAAGAGCAACUAGCGGCCAUGCAGUCCCUCGUUGACAAGCUCCAGGCCCUUGGACGUGAGUGUUACACAUACCAUACCCCUUCCCACAAUCCUUCCUGGUCGUUUAGGAAGCUAUGGGCUGGCUCUGGCGUGCGGCCCUUCCCUGACUCUGCUCGGUCUGACAGGUUGAACCCGGCGUCUUCAUACAAGACAAGCAACUGUCAGGAGCGUCCUGACCUCUCCCGUGGCCUGAUGCCGGUGGCCCUUCCCGCACUGUUAUUGCACAGCUCUCACCUUGGAAACUCACCAAAUCCUGUCAGUCCUCUGUCCUUCCCUCCCUCCCUGGUUUCAGUAGAGGUCUGCUGGCAGAGGCCAUAUCCCAGAGGGUGGUGCAUCAAAAGGGCGGGGCCCGGGGGCCAGGAAGGAAAGAGGGAGCAGGUUGUGUCUGGGUUGGAGGUGGGGAAGAUAAGUCUGUUGUGGUACCUCCGGCCAACUGGAGUGAAACUGCCUGCCCACUGCAGCAACUGCGGGUGGUCCAGGGAGCCGGGAUUCCGCAUCCUUCAUGUCCUGGCCAGCCAUCUGCCCCUUCUCCUGCUGGCUGGCUCCACAGACUUGGUUGAAAAUGGCCAGGUAGCUUCCAGGGCAAGUGUGGACGCCAGGCCUGAGAGUUCUUAG